GACUAUACAAGAUAUAAUCCCGAAAACCAAACGACAAGUGUUCCAGAACGAAGUUCAACUUUGGUUUUCCUUAGUUGUUAAUGAAGUUGUCUCAUCUCAACUUUCAUACUUGUUACUAUAUCAAGUUUUUUUCUUACGUUCCUUCAACAACGCAUAUCCAUUCCAAUUCCAAUUCAGAAUGAAAACCAAGACUCAAACUCAAUUAGAUUGGCCAUUAUUAGACUGGAGACCAUCACAGAUAUUUGAUGAUAUAGAGAAUGAUAUCAUCUCUGCAUCUGGUGAAUUCUUUGGAACGUUCCUUUUUUUGUUAGUCGGAUUAGGCGGAAUUCAAGCAGCUGCUACUUCUAACCAGUAUACUCUCGCGGAAGCGGCGACAAAAAACACCGCCAGUGCUGGUUCAUCUGGAUCUGUAGCUAUCAACACCGUUGCAUCUAUUGAGCAAUUAACUUAUAUCUCGGUUUCAAUGGGAUUAAGCUUACUUUUCUCAGCUUGGAUCUUCUAUAGAGCAACUGGAGCUGCAUUCAAUCCCAAUGUCUCGUUGGCUCUUAUGUUAAUUGGUGUGAUUACUCCUACCCGUUUUGUACUUUACGCAAUUGCACAAUUGACAGGUGCCAUCGUCGCCUGUGCUGUUCUAGCAGGUCUUCUACCCGGUCAAUUAGCUGUUACUCCAGCUCUCGGAGCCGGAACUAGUUUAGGACAAGGAUUGUUUAUCGAAUGUUUUACGACUUGUGGAUUGGUUUUGUCUGUACUGUUUUUAGCCGUUGAGAAACAUAGAGCUACUUUUCUUGCGCCUGUUGGAAUAGGUAUUGCUCUCUUUGCCGGGCAUAUGUUUGCCGUUAUUUAUACUGGUGCUGCUAUGAAUACUGCAAGAGCUUUUGGACCUGCUGUCAUCACUGGGUUUUCAUCUGAUCAUUGGGUAUACUGGCUUGGUCCAUCUCUAGGUUCAGUAGUGGCCGUCAUAGUUUACACGAUCAUGAAGAGAUUCAGAUACUGGAAAUUGAACGAAGGUCAAGAUACAGAUAUAGGUUCUAAAUCACCUGCACUAUUCUUUCAACCUGAUCCUGAAAGACCGGUAAAAAAACGCUCAGUUGAUUUAGAAAUAGAAGUAGAAGAAGAACCAAAAGCUGUAACUUGUAGUCAUAAUGAGAAAGUUCAGAGCAAUAGUUCUAUGGAUAGACAAGGCAAAAAAGCCAACCAGUCGGCACCACAAGAAGCUUCUGAAUGGGUUUGAUGGAGCAGAGGUGAUAUAUGUUAUUAUUUGAUAUGUUGUUCAAAGCAUCUAUAUGUUCUCUAGAGUGAUAUGAAGGUCAUAUGUUGUCUGUUCUAUAAGUUCUUGUUUUUUUAUAAUUGGUUGUGCCCGAUUUUGUUUCAUUUUUCAUUUUUCAUCUCUCUAUAUAACGACCAUCAAAUCUUUCUCUCAUUAUGCAAUUUACCCAUCGAAGAUCUCUAAAGCUUAUAACAAAUACAAGAUCACCACGACAAACGACCUCGUUGACAUAACUGACUACAGGAUGAUAUAGCUACCUACCUUUUCUUGUAAGGUACAUCAGAUAUCGGCUGGUUAAUAUAAACGUACAAAAACAUUUUAUGCUCAUAGUUUCUUGCUUUAAUUGUUUGUUUCUAUUUGUGUUAUGUUGUGUUGCUGUAAUAAAGACUUGAGUUCUCC